AUGGAUCCUACUAUCAUCUUAUUGAAAAAAGGUGAGGCGUGUGAGUUUAAACUAACAGUCACACCUUUAUGUAGUUCAAAAUUAAAUGAUAAAAUAACUAUUGUUUGUCAAUCAAUUAAUAGUGGUAAAGAAGAAGUCGGAUAUCUUAAAUUUAAAGGAGAAACAGAAAUUACAACAAAAUUAGAUAUAGAUGAAAUUAUAUUUGACAAUAAAAUUGGAGAAGGAACUAGUGGAAUUGUUUUUAAAGGAAGAUUUAGAGAACAUACAGUUGCUAUUAAAGAUAUGAAAGAUAGAUCAUACAACAUAAAAAUUAAAGAAGAAUUUGAGAAAGAGGUUUCAAUGUUAGAUAAAUUUAGAAGUGAUUAUAUUAUUUAUUUCUAUGGAUCAGUUUUAUUUAAAAAUAAAAGGUAUUUGGUUACUGAAUAUGCAGAACAUGGAAGUAUAAGAAAUUUGUUUAGUCUAAAAAAGGAAGCUAUUCCUAUUAAAUUAAGAAUUAAAUUUAUGAUAGAUGCUGCUAAUGGAAUUCAAUACCUUCAUGUCAAUGGAAUAUUACAUCGUGAUAUUAAACCAGAUAAUAUUCUUGUUUUGUUUCUAUCUGAAGACGUUCAAAUUAAUUGUAAGUUAACAGACUUUGGAAGUUCAAGAAAUAUAAAUACAUUAAUGACAAAUAUGACAUUCACAAAAGGAAUAGGAACACCCGUUUAUAUGGCACCAGAAUUAUUAAGUCAAAAACAUUAUAAAAAAGAGGCUGAUAUUUAUUCAUUUGCAGUUACAAUGUAUGAAUGUUUUAAGUGGGGUGAGGCUUAUGAUAGAGAAAAAUUUGUAUAUAUAUGGAAUAUUGCUGAUUUUGUUAUUUCUGGUAAAAGGUUACAACAAAUUAAUGAAAUACCUGAACCUAUAUACAAACUUAUUUGUGGUUGUUGGAAACAAAAUCCUAAAGACCGUUUAGUCAUAGAGCAAGUACUUGAUCGUUUACAAUUAUUGUAUAAAGUGAAAUGA